AGUGACCCCAGCACACUCCCCCCACUGCAGGUGUGGCAGUGACCCCAGCACUGUCCCCCAGUGCAGCUGAUCCUGUCACUGCCCCCCUGCACAGCUGUGGUGGUGCAGUGGCCUCGGCUCAGUGCUCCCCCCAUGCAGUGUGACAGUGCCAUUGUCCCCCAGCACAGGUGUGACAGUGGCCCUGGCACAGCAGACUCCCGUGCAGGUGUGGCAGCGAGCCCAGCACGGUUACCCUGACGCUGUCCCCCCCGUGCAGGUGUGGUGGUGACCCCAGCAGUGUCCUCCCCGUGACUGUGACACCUGCACCGCCCCCCUGUGCGGUCACGGCAGUGCCGGGGAGCUCCGUGUGGGACCAACGCCACCCCCAGAGCCCCGGAGACACGGGGCAGGGCUGAGGGGCCACCCCGCGCCUUAUGGGGUGAUCCCGUCCAGCCCCCCCUGCCCUGGGGGCUGGCAGCGGAGCCAAGGGCGGCAGGGGAGCUGCUGGCAGCGGGCGUGUCCCCAGCCCCGUGCUGAGGUGUGGGCAGCCCUGAGCUGCCGCUCUGGGGACAGCCGGGCUGGGGGGGGACGGGCGCCCCGCGGGCUCCUGCGGCUCCAGCCCGCGCCGGCUCCGCGGCGGAUCUUUCACGAACUGCAGCCACCCGCCCCCGUGCACCGACAGACAGAUGACAGCUCCCAGCUCCCGGGCUCGGCUGCUGGGAACAGCUCACCCCAGUGCUGAGCCCAGAGUUUCUGGUGCUGGGCUCAGGAAGGAGGGACGGAGGCACCAACACCAGCUCAACUCUCGCACUUAAUCCCUCACAGCAGCACAGGGUCCGGCUCACGGUGCCUUAGGGCUGCUACAGCUCCCAGGCUGUGCCUCUUCCAGCAAAAUUCAGCUUAAAAUAACACCUGGCUCCCUCUCCCUUCUUUUCCCAGAUCCAAAAUGACGGUCAAAGCUGUAAAGAUGCCGUGCACCUCUGCAAACGUUUAUACUAAAGUGCCUGACGGAGGAUGGGGCUGGACAGUCGCUUUUGCGUUCUUUGUUGUGGAAGCCCUGACAUACGGCAUCAUAAAAUCAUUUGGAGUCUUCUUUAACGACCUGAUGGAAAGCUUUGACGAAACCAACAGCAGGAUAUCCUGGAUAAUAUCCAUAUGUGUGUUUGUACAGACCUUCACAGCUCCUCUGUCCACGGUCCUCAGCAACCGCUUCGGCCACCGCCUGGUGGUGAUGGCCGGGGGGCUGCUGGUCAGCGCCGGCAUGGUCACGGCGUCCUUCGCCCGCAGCGUGGGGGACAUGUACGUCACCAUCGGCGUCGUCUCCGGCCUGGGAUACUGCCUCUCCUUCCUCCCGACUGUCACCAUUUUAUCACAGUAUUUUGACAAAAGGCGCUCGCUGGUCACAGCGGUGGCAUCGACAGGGGAAUGUUUCGCUGUCUUCUCCUUCGCACCAGCAAUCACGGCCCUGAAGGAGCAGAUUGGCUGGAGGUACAGCAUGCUUUCUGUCGGGGUGCUGCAGCUCGGCAUCACCGCCUGCGGAUCGCUGCUGCGCCCCAUCGUCAUCAGAGAGCAGCAAGAAGCGAAAGCACAGCCUCCAGAGGAGUCCACGGAGACAAAGUACAUGCUUGAAAACGAGCAAACAUGCACCUCAAUAGAGUCCAUAGACUCAGGAGUCGAUAUAACUACCUCACCCAGCAAUGUGCCUGGAAAAACCAAAGCAGAGCCGAAAAGUGAAGAACCAAAGCAGCACGGACAGAAUCCCGCUGAAAAUAACAGCACCCCUCCAGAACCAAAAACCAAACUACUGGACUUCUCUGUGAUGAGAGACUAUAGCUUUAUCUGUUAUGCAUUCUUUGGCCUGUUUGCAACCCUGGGCUUCUUCGCUCCCUCCCUCUACAUCAUCCCCCUGAGCCGCAGCCUGGGCAUCAGCAAAGACCACUCUGCCUACAUCCUGUCAGCCAUGGCCAUCGCCGAGGUCUUUGGCAGGAUUUUUGCGGGCUGGGUGCUCAACAAGAAGCCGAUCCGUAAGAUCUACAUCGAGCUCAUCUGCGUCGUCCUGCUGGCGGUAGCGCUGGUUGCCUUCCCUUUUGCCUCUGGAUUCUGGGGCUUGAUGAUAUGUAGCGUUUAUUUUGGGUUCAUGCUCGGCACCGUGGCGGGCACACACAUUCCCCUCCUGGCUGAAGACGAUGUGGUUGGCAUUGAGAGGAUGUCCUCUGCAGCUGGAGUCUACGUCUUCAUCCAGAGCUUAGCUGGGUUGGCUGGACCACCCCUUGCAGGUGUCUUAGUGGAUACGACAAAGAACUACAGCUCAGCCUUCUACUCCUGUGCUGCUGGCAUGGUCCUGGGGGCCGUGUUUCUGGCCCUGGUGAGGCCAUGCAAGACUGGGCUGUGCCACCAGCAGCAGCAGCAGCAGCAGCAGCAGCAGGUGGAGGAGAGCACGGCAGGGCCACCACCAGAACUGCCAGAGGACUUUAUAGACAUGGAUAUUGGGAAAGCAGAAAAUUCAGGAAAAGGCUCCGACAGCGUGGUAUAAAAAACCCUGUUCCUUCUCCAUCUAAUGUACUCAGUGUAAGGCUGGGGGAAAUGUCAGCUCUGCUCCACGUUUUAAAACUCCAUUCUAAAGGGAAUGUGAAAUUUUAAAUGUGAACAGUUGCUACCAACAAUUUUUUAAAAAAAAAUAUUAGAACAUUUUUAACCAACAAUGGAAAGCUCCAUAGAAAAUACGGAUAGUCACAUAAGAACAACUUCUGUCUAGCAUGAAGAUGUGAUGCACACUUGCUUUCCUGAUAACAAGCAUAGGUAAAGUUCCAACUGAUCCCAUAAAUACUGACAACAGCAACAGCAGAAGCAGCUCAGCCUCUGACUGUCACCCAUCCUCUACCACAAAUUCCACACAGACCCAAUGAUACGAACUGGAGCAUUUCAUACACCACCAGUAGCCAACUGAAUCUUCUUCUGGAGGGAUACAGACUCACCUUUUAGCUUGGAGGAGGAGGAGGAGGCUAGGCUAGGUAGCUGACAAUUAGAAACCAUUGCUAAUGAUCUUAACUUGAAUGUCACAAAUGCUGGGAAAUCAAAGGCUCCGUGUGUCUUUAUGGCCAGUUCUCACUGCACAUAUUUCAUAAGAUCAUUUUUCUUCUCCUGACUGGGAUCCUUAGAACUGUUUUCUGUCAAUAGUCAGACCUGAUGUACUGUUUCUAAUUUAACUAGUAUUUAUUAAUUUAUUCUGAGAUUGUUAAAGGAGGUUAGCUUAAAUAACUGGAGAGGAAAAAUGAUCUUCUGCAUAAUGGAAAGCUGUCUUUACAUCAAUCUCUUCGAUGCCUAUCUUGUAUUGCUUGUGAAAUUGUUGGGAAAAUUACUCUUACAGCAUAAAGUGUAGCUGUUUUUAAUAGGUAAGUCUUAAGUAACCCAGUUAUUUAAAAACAAGAAAACAAAUAACUCCAGAUCCAGCAUCUCUUUCCACGGAAGAAGGCUCAGCUGGCGCCCACGGACCUGGCAGGGCUGCCAGACCCAGCCCACCCCGCAGGGAGGAUUCGGCCCAGGAUGUCUUAAUGUACCCGAAACCUUGGCUCUCAGGCGUGCGAGGGAAUCUCUGCUGCUGCAGCCCCAGCUGCCUGUGCCCCCCCAGGACCCUCCCCCCUCACUCUGCCCCC